GCUGAGCUCAUCGGGCGGCGCCGGGGCCAGUGCGGGCGGCAGGAGCCGGCUCCUGGGGCCCAGCCGGGAGCCCCGCGGAUGUGGGCUGAGGUGCUGGUUCUGCCCUGCAGGGCCGGGCUGCGGCUGUUCCCGCCGCUCCGGCUGAGGCACCGAGCGCCGGGCGCCAUGAAGCUGCAGUCCCCUCAGUUCCAGGCUCUCUUCACGCCGGGGCUCCGCAGCGUGGCAGAAUUGUUUGAGAAGAAGAACUAUGAACUGAGAAUAGCAGGAGGUGCUGUGAGGGAUUUACUAAGUGGAAUGACACCACAGGAUAUAGAUUUUGCCACUACGGCUACGCCAGCAGAGAUGAAGGAAAUGUUCACAUCUGCUGGUGUUCGUCUGAUCAAUAACAAAGGAGAAAAACAUGGAACCAUUACUGCCAGGCUCCAUGAACAGAAUUUUGAAAUUACUACUCUUAGAAUAGAUGUUGUCACCGAUGGACGACAUGCAGAGGUUGAAUUCACCACUGACUGGGAAAAGGAUGCUGAAAGGAGGGAUCUGACUGUCAAUUCCAUGUUUUUAGGUUUGGAUGGGAUGCUGUAUGAUUUUUUUAAUGGAUAUGAUGACUUGAAAAACAAGAAAAUUAGAUUUGUAGGAAAGGCAAGUGAGAGAAUACAAGAAGAUUAUUUACGAAUCCUAAGAUAUUUCAGGUUUUAUGGAAGAAUCGCAGAAAAACCUGGUGAUCAUGAACCUAGUACACUGCAAGCAAUUAAAGAAAAUGCCAAAGGUUUGGCUGGAAUAUCAGGAGAAAGGAUUUGGGUGGAACUGAAAAAAAUUCUUCUUGGAAACCAUGUAAAUCAUUUGGUUCGACUUACGUAUGAGCUGGAUAUUGCCCAAUAUAUAGGACUACCACUUGAUGGAAAUUUAGAGGAAUUUGACAGAGUCACUAAAAGUAUUCAAAAUCUGUGUCCAAAACCGAUGACUGUUCUGACAUCAUUGUUCAAGAUGAAGGAUGAUGUCACAAACCUCGAUCUGAGGCUGAAAAUCUCAAAAGAAGAAAAAAACCUUGGCCUUUUUUUAGUGAAGCACCGUCAAGAGUUAACCAAAGCUACAGGUCCAGAACCACUUAGACCCUAUCAGGACUUCAUAAUGGAUUCUAGGGAAGCUAAUACAAAUGCCAAGAUCUGUGAGCUUCUAAAAUACCAAGGAGAAGAACAUCUUUUAAGAGAAAUGCAGCAAUGGACUGUUCCUUCUUUUCCUGUUAGUGGCCAUGAUUUAAGAAAACUGGGUGUGUCUUCUGGAAAAGAAAUUGGAACAGCAUUACAGCAGCUACGGGAUGAAUGGAAGAAGAGUGGAUACCACAUGGAUAAAGAAGAACUGUUAAGUUGCCUGAAGAAGUUGUAAAAUUGAAUAAUAGUAGAGAACUGCUUGUGCCCUGUUCUAAGUGUAACUAACUGAGAUAGAUACCAGUAAAUACUCUGUCAGUGUUGUUGCAGCCAAUAUAGCAUUUGUCAUAUUUAAGAUCUUCAGACAGCACAGUUCUGUUACUAAUUUGUAAUUUCUGCAAGGAGAAGUUUAAUUUUUUAGUAAUGUAAAAUGGUAUUUGCCAAGUUCCACAGUCUACCUCUUUGUUGAAUUUUAAUGAUAUUUAACUACUUUAUCUUGACUCUGGGUAAUUAGAGGUGACACCAGGAUUUUUCUCAUUCUGACUUUGCUAUAUCAAAAAAAAAAAAAGUGUUUUUAUCUUCUAGAUAAAAUCAUGGGUGUUUUCUGUGCCUAGGAGAGUGACAAAGUGUAUAGAAAUAAUGAGCUCUAACUCUUUUUUGUAGUUAAAUCUAGGUACCAGAUUGAAAUACUCACUCCAGCAGUUCCCAAAGAGUCUUAUCAUGUAAAACAAGUCUUUUUUCUAUAAAGAUUUUUAUCUUCCAUAAUUCCAGAAUCAGUUUUAGAUUAAAAGGAUGACUUAGCUGAGUCAGUAUCAUGAA